CUUCCAGAGUCUUUUAGGACGAUAGCUCCUCCGGUGCUCUCCUCCAGUGCUCUUUGCGGCAGCUUGUAGCAGCCUGUACCAGACUUGAAGCUGCCAUCUGAGUCACAGCCUUGCUAUGUGACCGCCUUUAUCUCUUUCCGUGCAUAGUCUUGGCCGACGUGAUUUCCAUCGUCGCGCAUCCGCGUCAUUCAACAUCAACGCCACUUGAACUAGUCCAAGUGCUGCUGUCCUCACGCCGCAUGGCAGGGACGGUAUGCCGCGCUUCUCGGUGCACCAUGCCACGGCAACCGCCCGGCUAAUGAGGAUUGCUGGGCCGCCGGGCAUCGCAGCGCGAGCGCAGUUCUGCGAUCGAGUUACAACAACACCAAUGGCGCGGUAUUCUCAUGCUCCGAGCCCCAAAUGGCGCCCGGUGUCUGUCCUAGAUGAAUGGGUUGCACGGGAAGCCCGUCCUAUUAGUCUACGGCAGCUCAUGGUGUUCGGCCGCUCCUUGACCGAGUCCAGGCUACUCAGCUCAGCCAACUAUGUCCGGACUGAGCUGCCCACAAGAAUCGCCCACAGGAUUCGCGACAUGCAACAGCUGCCCUACGUCGUCGUCACAAACCCGCAUAUGAAUGAAGUCUAUGACUUGUACUAUACAGCUUUCGACACAUUCCGGAAAGUGAGGGAGAUUAAAACACUUGAUGACAACGACCGCUUCUGCAAAACGAUACGGUCCAUGCUGAGGGCCCAUUUGACGGUUAUUCCCAAGCUGGCAAUGGGCAUCCUCGAGUGCAACGGGCUCAUGGACGCAGCGGAGUUGGACAAGUUCAUGAACACCAUCCUCCGAUCCCGUAUCUCCCGCCGCGUCAUCGCUGAGCAGCACCUCGCCCUAACCGAAACCUUCCACGCGCCGUGGUUCUUCCCAGGCGCCAAGCUCUCCGAGACCGAAUUCAUUGGCGAAGUGUUCCUCAAGUGCAUCGCCAAGGACGUGGUCUCGCGCUGCGGCAAAGCCGUCCGCGAGAUCCUGCAGCGGGCGUACGGGCCGGACGUGCAGCUGCCCGAGAUCCACAUCGACGGCCACCUCGACGCCAACUUCCCGUACAUCCUCAGCCACCUCGAGUACAUCAUCGGCGAGCUUCUGCGGAACUCGGUCCAGGCCGUCGCCGAGCGGCACCAGCGCCGCAAGGACAAGGACCACCCCGACCCGUCCAGGCCCCCGCCGCCGAUCGAGGUGACCAUCUGCGAGAGCCAGCAGCACGUCAUCAUCCGCAUCUCGGACCAGGGCGGCGGCAUCCCGCGCGAGGUCAUGCCCUACCUGUGGUCGUUCAGCAAGGGGCCCGCGACCGGCAAGAUCCUGGCUAACCUCGGCAAGGUGCCCAAGAUGGCGGCGACGAUGCAGGAGCUGCAGCUGGAGCAGCACGGUCAGGCCCAUGAUGACCACGAGGACAAGGACAAUGAGAACCGCAGUACUUCGAUCGAGGGCGGCGAGAUUAGCAGAGACAUCAACAGCUCCCUGGCGUCGCUGUCCAGUCGGCCGCCGAAUUUGCGCCUGGGCAUGGGAUUGCCGCUGAGCAGGGUAUACGCCGAGUACUGGGCGGGGAGCCUUGCUCUGCAUAGCCUAGAGGGCUACGGGGUUGAUGCGUUUUUGCAGAUAUCCAAGCUCGGUAACAAGAACGAGCAACUGACGACGCGAGCGACUAUGGACGCUGUCUAGGAGAAGCGAAGAGAGAGCGGUAUUGGUGGCCUUUGGGUCGGUUUAUCAUGCCUUGCUGAGCGGGCAUUCCUGUACGUUUUGUCUCUGUUGUUUUGGGAAUAAUUAGGUGGUUCGGAUCAAUGACCCGAAGGUUCAGCGCCGGGAGUUCCAGUUGUUUCAAGACAGGCAGCCUUUCUCAUUAUCUGGUAUCAUGAAAGGGGCGGCUAAAUUACAUCAAUCCUAAGGUCCAAAUAAAGUGAGGACUUCCAGAAAGUAAUUGGCGAGAAGGCUGAGUCCGUCAAGGAUGGCGACUC